AUGGCACCACUUCAUCUGUACUGCCGCCACUGUCGCCACCAGCUGACUGCCAAACCACUUAGCUCCUUCCACCCCAUGCCGUCACCGGAUGUGGACGAGAUGGCAGAGCAGUGGUCCUGUGAUGCAGGGUGCUUCUUCUCCUUCCACCCCAUGCCGUCACCGGAUGUGGACGAGAUGGCAGAGCAGUGCUCCUUCCACCCCAUGCCGUCACCGGAUGUGGACGAGAUGGCAGAGCAGUGGUUAUUUGGGGCAGAGUGCUUCUUCUCAUUCCACCCCAUGCCGUCACCAGAUGUGGACGAGAUGGCAGAGCAGUGGUCCUGUGAUGCAGAGUGCUGCGCUGAUGCUGCAGCCCGCCACCUUACCCUUAUGUUUCCCCUUUGGGCCUGCCUCUCUUCCCUUCCAAGCAGCUCAUUCCACCCCAUGCCAUCACCGGAUGUGGACGAGAUGGCAGAGCAGUGGCUCGCCCCUUCCCUCUCUGCCCGCUUCUCGUCGCUCCUCUCCGCCCAUCUCGCCACCCCCUCCGCCCCUAACCGUUUGGUCCUACGCUCAGUCUGCUAUAUCGAAAUCACUUUUGAGAAUUCUCAAAAGUACUAUGCUCAGUCUGCUCCCACCACCACCCCCUCCUGCUGCUCAAUGCGAAUCCCUCUCCGCAUUCCUCCCAUAAGACUCGUCUCCUCUUCCUCCGCUCCUUCCCCACCCCCUCUCCCCCACCACCACAGGCCCUCCCCUUCUCUCUCUGCCUGCUUCUCCUCGCUCCUCUCCGCCCAUCUCGCCACCCCCUCCGCCCCAAACCGCCUGGUCCUCCGCUCGGUCUGCUCCCACAAACCCGUUCUGCUGCUCGUGCUGCUCAGUGCUCACACGGCCAUGGGGUGGGGGGUGUGUGGGCACACUGAAAAGGGUCGGGAGGAGUUAGAAGGGAAGCAGGAUGGGGUGCUUAGUGCUCACACAGCCGUGGGGUGGGGGGUGUGUGGGCACGCUGAGAAGGGUCGGGAGGAGGAGGAGGAGGAAGUGUUAAAGGGUGUGGAUGCUGGGAAGGAUGGGGAGGAGGAGGAAUGGAAGGAGACUGAAGGGAAGGAGGGUGGUUUGAUGCGAGUGGUGAAGCUCAUGUGCAAGGUUGUUGACUCAGCCAGCGAUGCCACACGCAUUGGAGCUUCAGAGCUGUCCGCAAGAGACUUCUCAGUAGCCUUCCCCCUGCUCUCCUCUUCUACUGUGUUGAGCUGUCAGGGGGACGCCAGGGGCCAUGCAGAGGACGUUGAAGCAGACGAAUGGGGAGCUAGAGGCCAUGCAGAGGACGUGUAUGUGAUGCCUGUGACUGCAUCGGAGCUUCAAGGCUGUUUAAACGAGAAUUCUAUGCUGCUGCCGCCCACAUGCCGCGAGUUCAAUGGCUUCACAGUCUCGUUUCUGCAAGUGUAG